AUGGCGAAGGUCGAAAUCACAAUCCCCACCACCUUCACCAAGAACGACCCGAAACCACACACCGUCUACAACAUAACCCUCCGCCUGCCCCUCCGCUCCUUCACUGUCCAGAAGCGAUACUCCGACUUCGUCGAUCUACACUCGUCUCUGACCUCCGUCUGCGGCCAGGCCCCACCCUCCACCCUCCCCUCCAAGUCCUGGUUCUCCAGCACCCUCAACAACCCUACGCUGACCGAAGACCGCCGUCGGGGCCUCGAAUCCUACCUACAAACCAUCAACACAGACUCCGAUGCCCGGUGGCGGAAUAAUGCCGUCUGGCGCGCGUUUCUGAACCUGCCUUCCUCCUUCGCUUCUACUUCGAACCAGUCGUCGAAAGCAGAUACACUGCACUCUUACAUAUCCACCAACAACGAUACCUCAAUCACAGACCCAGUCCUCUGGCUCGACUACCACCGCGACCUGAAAACCCACCUCCACGACGCCCGCCUGCAGCUCACGAACCGGGACCAGGCAUCGACACCACAGAAACAGCACGAGGCUUCCGCCGCGGCGAAGUCCUCGCUAGUGAAGGCUGGGAGUGUGUUGUCCUCGCUCGAGGAUGGGCUAUCUGCCAUUCAGAAGUCUGGGGGUCUGGGCGCGGGCGAGAUGCGCCGGAGGAAGGAUUUAUUGAGUUCCGCGCGGAGGGACCGGGAUGGACUGGAGAGCUUGUUGAGUGCUAUGGCGCAGAAGUCGAAACUUGAUUCUGCUGUGGCGCAGGCUUCGACUGCGGAUAAGGACGCUCUACUCUCCGCAUCCACAACAAACCCAACUCACCAAAAACCUCGAGGCGGCGGUCGCGUCCUCGGUCGGGAAACGGCCGAGACGCGCGAACUCGAUAAUCAAGGCGUGGUCCAACUACAGAAACAGAAGAUGGCGGAUCAAGAUCUAGAUGUAGAGGAGUUACGGAAGAUCAUUCAGCGGCAGAAAGAGCUAGGGACGCAGAUACACGAGGAGCUGGAGGUACAGAAUGAGAUGUUGCGGAUGGUGGAGGAGGAUGUGGAUCGUGUUGGAGGAAAGAUUGAUGUUGCGAAGAAGCGCGUCGCAAAGAUCCGGUAG